AUGCCAGCCGCCAGACUCGCGCUCUAUCAGCGCGGGAUUGAAAUCUACAUUGCACCAACUGCUGAUGACCCAGCGACAUGGGCCGCAACAAUACAGCACAUAGCCAAAGAGGGCAGGUGCUUUGUGAUUUCGAUCAACCAGUUCUGCAAAGUCUCGGAUUUUCCAUCUGACUAUCCGUCCUUCACACUGGAGCACCCCGAUCGCAACCCCGAAGGAAACCAAUGGGCUCAGGACGACAUCUUGAACCAUGGUGGUUCCUGUAUUGUCGGACCGAUGGGAAACUUCCUCACCGAACCUGUCAGAGACAAGCAGGAGAUCGUCUACGCGACACUGAAUCUUGCUGAAUUAACAGAAGCCAGAUAA